AUGGGAACCGAGAACUUCACCUCUACGAUAGAGUUCAUCAUGGUGGGACUCACCAACAACCGAAAGACACAGAUACUUCUCUUCUUCUUAAUCCUCUUCAUAUACUUGUUCACUCUUGUGGCAAAUCUGAUGAUCAUCAUCUUGGUGCGAAGAAACUCCCACCUCCACACCCCCAUGUACUUUUUCUUGACAAACCUCUCAGGCCUGGAGAUGUGUCACGUCACGACCACCAUGCCCCAGAUGAUGACUCACCUUCUGACUGGAAAUGGAUCCAUCUCCUUUGCCCGUUGCAUGGCUCAAAUGGCCGUUGUCUUAUCACUGGGCGGCACUGAAUGCUUUCUGCUGGGCGUCAUGGCCUAUGACCGCUACUUGGCCAUUUGCCGACCCCUAGUAUAUGCCAUUGCCAUGGGCAAGUGGCAACAACUCUGUCUUGCUUUAGCUUCCUGGCUAUCUGCUUUCUUCCUGGCGCUGGUAACAGUACUCUUCCUAAUCCGUUUCCCCUUCUGUGGCUCUAACUAUGUCAACCAUUUCUACUGUGAGAUACCUGUGGUGAUGAAACUUGUAUGUGGUGACAUUCGUGUCACAGAAGCUAUGCUUUUUUUUGAAUCGGCAGUGGGUCUAGUGACCCCCCUGAUUGUUAUUCUAAUUUCUUAUGGACUCAUUCUGUCAACUGUGAUACGAAUGCAGUCUACCUCAGGACGCCAAAAGGCUUUCUCCACAUGUGCCUCCCACAUGGUAGUUGUCACCAUUUUCUAUGGAACUCUCCUUUAUAUGUACCUGAAACCCCAGGCAGGCACAUCCCCUGAUCGGUAUAAGCAUACUGCUACCAUUUAUGCAAUCGUGACCCCUCUCCUGAACCCUAUCAUUUACACUUUGAGGAACAAGGACAUCCACAAGGCAGUGAACAAGAUGCUGCAGAGAAAAGGAUUCUGA